UGACAGUCGUGGCAGUCACGUGAGAGCGGGGAGGCUGCGGGAUGUGUCGCUGGAUUGUUGCGUUCCUGGGCAUCUGGCCAGUGCUGGAUGCCAAGCCUUUGAAAGCUCCUUCAUUUGGAGAAAUUUACCAUGUUUCAGGAAUUCUGUCACUACCGUAUGCUCAGAUUAAAGAACCAUUUGAAGCCUGGUACAACUUGUCCGGCAAUGUCAGCCGCAUUGAGUUCUAUAAAGGUCAGGUUAUAACCCUACAGCAUGGAUUUGCAAAGCCGGCUGGAAUAAGUUACAAGAUUUCUCCAGAGACCACAGAAACUGAGAUAAAUGUUAUCAAAUGUUUCCAAGUGAAUGGAACCGUUGAUGAUCCCAUCCUUCCCCAGUCUGUAUUUCCAGACCUGCAAGGUUUUCAGCUGCUAAAGGAAGAGGACUGGAAGGGACGACCCUGCACUGUGUGGCAGUCUGUUACUUUGGAGGGUAAGAAGAAGAACACCUACGCCUUGUGGGUUGCCAAUUCUACAGAUGGUCCCGUUCCUGUCCACUAUGAAAUGAAAGGAUACAACACCUUGUUUGGCUCUCAUUAUGAUAAAUAUGAAGUAGACUACAAAGAUUUAGACCGUGAUGUAGACCCAAGUAUUUUCAAGCUUCCUAAAGGUUUGCCUUGUGAGGGUUUCCCUGGUCCUGGAGUGGAACAUAGAAUUCUGGCCAACCCCAUCGAAGAAUUAGUUAACACAGAUAAGGAAGACAGGACUCAUCGCUUCUUCCAGCAUUACAAGGAGAGUUUUGGGAGGGAAUACAAGGAAGGUGACGUGGAGCACGAGUUUAGAAGGACUACCUUCACUCAUAACAUGAGGUAUGUUCACUCAAUGAAUCGUCAAAACCUGACCUACAAAAUGGCCAUCAACCACUUUGCCGACAGGACUGGAGAAGAGAUGACAAUUAUCCGAGGAAGACUGAGGAGGACCACACCGAACAAAGGCCAGCCCUUCCCUACACACCGGUACAAAUCAGUCCUGCUGCCUGCCAGCAUGGAUUGGAGACUGUAUGGUGCAGUGACCCCUGUGAAGGAUCAGGCCGUCUGUGGCUCCUGCUGGAGUUUUGGUACCACUGGUGCAGUAGAAGGGGCGUUCUUUCUGAAGACAGGAUACUUGAUCCCACUGUCACAACAAAUGUUGAUGGAUUGUUCUUGGGGUUUUGGAAAUCUUGCCUGUGAUGGGGGAGAGGAAUGGCGUGCAUUUGAGUGGAUCAUGAAACACGGUGGAAUUUCGACCACGGAGUCAUAUGGUUCUUACUUGGGACAGAAUGGAUUCUGCCACUAUAACCAGUCCACACUGAUAGCAAAGAUGAAGAGCUAUACAAAUGUUACUUCAGGAGAUAGUGAAGCUUUAAAAAUGGCCAUCUUUAAAAAUGGCCCAGUGGCCGUUGGAAUUGAUGCGUCACACAAGUCCUUCCGAUUUUACAGCAAUGGGGUUUAUUAUGAACCACAAUGUAAAAAACAACUGGACGAUCUGGACCACGCUGUGCUUGCUGUUGGAUAUGGAAAGCUUGAUGGUGAAGCAUACUGGCUCAUUAAAAAUUCUUGGUCAACGUACUGGGGUAAUAGUGGAUAUGUGUUGAUUUCCAUGAAGGACAAUAACUGUGGAGUUGCUACAGAUCCAACUUAUGUCACACUUGAAUGAAUGCUGAUGAAGACACAAUUCUUAUUGGCAUUUACUUUCGUGGAUUUGCACUUUUGAUGCAAAGAGCUUUAAAUAAUUGUUUUAAAUUUGUACUGAACAUUGUGAAAAAAAUCUAUACAUAAAAUUACCAAAUCUGAAUAGAUUUAAUCAAUAUAUAGUCCCACCACUGUAGCUUGUUUUGCUGUGGUAAUUUAAUAUUAUGCUGGUUGCAGCUUUUAAACACUGCCUUAUUGUUGAAAUGUUAACAUUGGUGCAAAGAGUACUUAAUUCUUAUUCAAUUGUUAAUGUUGAAUGCUUUAAAAAAAUAUUUUCUGGAUAACAGCUGGCUCUGGUUUAAUGUCCAUUUUAUUAUGCUCUUCUACUUUGAUUUUUAACAUCUGAACUAACUUUGUGCAUACGUGUGCAUUUGAAUAUAAUGAAGUCAAUUUUGAAACUUUAUAGCAAAGUAUAAGUUCUGCAACAAUGUACAUGAAUAAUAUCCCCCUUUUGAUUAUGGAACAGGAUAUUGAAACAUAGAUAUUUCUAAGAUGGUUCAACAGAUUAGAUUCUGAGAGUUUUGACUCUUCAGGAAUUGAGAACCAGGGAUCAGAGAGUCAAUUAGGUGCAGGCCAGUUAAAACAGAAGAGGUUUCUUUAGAGGAUGGUGAAUCUUUGGAGGGCUGUUGUGGUUAUGUCCUUUAGUGCACUCAAAACAAAGAUAGGAAGGUUUCUGGAUGUUGGUGGAAUUGGGGGACGUGGAAAGUGGUGUCAGAGAUGGACGAUCAAACGUGUUGAAUAGUGCAGCAGGCUUGAGGGACCGAAUGGCCUCCUAGUUUUUUUUCUUAUCUUUGAUUUGCUGUUUUUGCUGUGUGAGAAAGAUAUAUUCAGUGCUUCUCUUACAAGCCAUUAGACAAAGGUGAGUAAAUUUGGUCCAUUGAUUAUGGAAAAUUUCAGCAAAUUUUUAGAAAAUACUGAUUUACUUUGCUCACCGUGAUUCCAUAAAAAUGAUUGGUGUAUGAAUUGAGAUUCUGAUUAUGACUAAUCACUGUUUAGGAAACACUAGCUUUCCUAUAUUUGUUUCUCAUGAGAACAGUUUUCUUUCUGUAGCUGCAUGAAUAAUUUAGUUUAAAUAAAUACAAAAUUUAUGCCCAUCAGCCCUAGUUUAAGAUGAAGGAUUUGAAUUAAAAUUUAAAAAUAGCAUAAAGAACAGCCCUUAAGGUCUACUUGGAUAAAUUUUUGUAAAAAAAAUAUUAAAAACUGCUAACAAAUGUUGACAAAGAA